GACUCUGUCAUAUUCACGAGGAGCCGCCUCUGCUCUAGUCAUAAACCCUUAACGAAGAAAAAAAUCUGAAAGUAUGGACGAGAGAUACAUGAAGAAAGAAGGAACUCUAGUACGAGAAGAUGGCCCAAAACCCGCCGGAAAACCCUCACUGGGAGACUUAUAUUCUGAAUCCUGCAACCUUUACUUCAAGGGUUUCCUAAGGGAGGAAACAACAGGGUUAUUGGCGGGAUUUGGGAUUGCAAUUUGCAGAGAAGAGGAUGAUAGUUUCUUGUUUCAGAUGAGGAGAUCACUUCAUGACUCUGUCAAUACAGUUUUGGAGGCUGAGCUUAUAGCAUUGAAGCGAGGACUAACCGAAGCUGUAAUUUUGGGGAUCAAUCAUAUCACAAUUUACUGCGAUAAUUAUCAGAUUUUUGAAUUGGUCAUGGAAAGAUCCGCGCCUGAGCAAGAGAACAUCGCCUUGAUAAUGAAUGAUGUGCAACGUAUCAGACAACAAUUAACAUCUAGCAUUCCUGUUCUUGUGAAUGGAAAUCAUCAAGCUAAGUUAGGUUACAAACUUGCAAUGGAAUCAAUAAACAUACUGUACAUACGUAUGCCUCCUGCUCAUAAGAACACUUGCGGUAUCUGUUUCAAUGAUAAUAUCAAAGCUGAGAAGAUGUUUUCCGUUGCAUUAUGUCGUCAUCAAUUCUGCGUGGAUUGCUUGAACCCACAUAUAGAAGUGGAACUAGUAGAGGGAAGAAGUGUACCGACAUGUCCUCAUUACGGCUGCAAAUCGAACUUGAAUCUUAGAAGCUGUGCCUAUCUUUUGACACCUAAGAUACAAAAGAUGUGGGAACGAAGGAUCAAACAAGACUCAAUUCCUGAAUGGGACAGAUUUCAUUGCCCAAAACCAAGUUGCUCGGCUUGGAUGUCGAAAACUAAGCUCUUUGAAUCUACCGAAGAAGAGGGAGUUAGGAGAUGUUGUUUUAAAUGUCGUACACCCUUUUGCAUUAACUGCAAAGUUCCGUGGCAUAGUAACUUGUCGUGCGACGAAUACAAGAAUUCGCUUCCAAAGCCUACUACAACAGUGUGGCAUCAAUGUAGAAGUUGCCAACACAUGAUCGAACUAUCGGAAAAACACUCUAAAAUAACUUGCAGGUGUGGCUAUACGUUUUGCUACAUAUGUGGAGCUCAAUGGAAGCUUAGAGGUAACCGCACUUGCUACUCUCUACUCGAAACCCUAAUGGCGGCGAUUGAAGACGACGAAGUCUCUCUGAUACUCGAAGAACAGCGUGAAGAAAUCAUGGCGGCUAAAACCCUAGCCCGCGACCACGAUUUAGCUUUCAAUCUCCAAAUGCAAGAAGCCCUAGCGGUUUCUCGAGCAGCCCACACUUCCUCCGUCCCGGAUUCUCCCACCGGAGACGCCGCAACCGUCGAUUUCACCGGCGCGGAGGAAGAAUUCGACUUCACUUCUCUGAUUCUACAAGACAUUGCUCGAGCCGAUCAAGAGAGGAGAGAUCGUGAGUUUGGUGAACAGGAGAUGAAGAGACUGAAAGUUGAUCUCGACCGUCGGAUUCAUGAUCAGAAGUUUGCUAAAGAGCUUAUGAAUAUCCCUGAAGGAGAUUGGAGUAAACACGGUGACAAUUACCAAAAGCCUUACUCUCUGGGUGCUGGGUCUUCUUCGUCCUCUGCGAUUGGGAAUGAGAGCUUUAGGGUUUAUUGUAAAGGUUUGGUGAGUGAAGAGAUGAUUGGAGAUACGAGAGCUGUGGUUGGUGGUGUUGGUGUUGCGAUUUGUGAUUCGACUGAUAAUUUGAUUUGGGAAGUGAAGAAGGUUUUGGGAGCUGAAGAGUCUAAAAGCCCUGAAAUUGCGGAAUUGGAGGCGCUUGUUCAUGGGUUAGAUGAAGCUUUGACAUUUGAUUUGGGAAGAGUUACGUUUUUCAUUGAUCAUUUCAAGGUCUUCCAAUACGUGACAGGUAGGGUGGAACCGAGGCAAAGCGUUGUUGCGACACUUGUGAAUCAAGUGGCUGUUCUCCAAAAGAAAUUCUCAUAUUGCCAACCAUCACUUUUGACAAGAAAUGAUGUUAAGUUUGUCUUCAAGCUUGCAAGAGAUGCUAUUGUGUCCCAAAUCAAGUGGCCUGAGGAAACUAGUAAAGGCAAGACCUUCAAGGAAACUUGUGUGAUUUGUUACGAAGGCAUCACUGUUGACAAGAUGUUUUCGGUAGAUGGUUGUUUCCACCGUUUCUGCUUUUCCUGCAUGAAACAGCAUGUGGAAGUGAAGCUACUAGGAGGACAAACUGCUAGUUGUCCGAGCGAAGGGUGCAAAUCAGAAGUAAAGAUUGAAUGCUGUGCAAAAUUUUUGGAUCCUAAGCUGGUUAAUGUGAUGAUCCAACGCAAGAAAGAAGGCUCAAUUGGUGUUACAGAUAAAGUUUACUGUCCAUAUCCUAAAUGUUCGGAGCUGAUGGUCAAAGCCGAAGUCUUGGAAUAUACCAAACAGUUUUUCGUUGGUGCUGAGCAAUCUGGAGCAAGAAAAUGCAUGAAAUGUGGGCAUUUUUUCUGCACCCAGUGCAAGGUACCGUGGCACUAUAACGUCACCUGCAAUGACUUCAGUAAAACAAAGGGCUAUCAGAAUGCUGGUGAUGGAAUGCUGAAGUCUCUGGCACAGAGCAAGCGGUGGAGACAAUGCAUUAAGUGUAACAACAUGGUUGAGCUUGUGUGGGGAUGCUACCAUAUAACCUGCAGAUGCGGAUAUGAGUUUUGUUACACAUGUGGAGCUGAAUGGAAGAAGAAGAAAGCAACAUGUUCGUGCCCGAUCUGGGAUGAGCGCAACAUAAUCCGUGAAAGGAAUGCGAUCCCCCCUAGGAGGUGACUGUUUCUUCUGUUGCGUGAAAAAAUUAGGUAGCUUAAUCUUAUUUUGGAAUCAAAAGACCAGUAGUGGUUAGCUUGGGUUUUAGUGGUUUUUCGAGCUGAUCCAGACUUCGGUAUUUUAGUUUCGAUCUUCUAUUUCGGUUUGUUGAUGCUAGGAAAAGAAAUGACAUUUUUAACU